AGGGGCCCUUGCGGAUCUGAUUCUCCAGGAUGACUGGUCCCCGUUUCUAGGUCCCAAAUCACCAUGUUUUUGUACUUGGUUGUGGCACUUUGUGUCUUCUGCAAAGAUGGUGAAGCCCUAUUUUAUAGGCUAAACUCAGAUGAUGAAACAGCUGAAAGCGAAGCAGGUGACACCAGUUUGAGAAGUGGGGAUACAUUUGUUGCUGGUAGCCCUGGAAAUCUGAAAUUCUAUUUAGGGGCUUCUGAUCAACAGGGAUUUGGAAUCAAUGAAAUUGGAGGGGAUGAAUUGAGUGGCAGUGGAUAUAUUGGGGCUGGAUUCAAAGGCCUUGGACUUGAUGCCAGUAAUUCAGGUGACAUCAGUUUGGGAAGUCAGAAUACAUUUGUUGAUGAUAGCUUUGGAAAUUCGGAAUCCAAUUUAGGGGCUUCUGAGCAACAGGGAUUUGGAAUCACUGAAAUUGCAGGGGAUGGAUUGAGUGCCAGUGAAUCUGUUGAGGAUGGACUCAAAGGCUUUGCCUCUGAUGCCAGUACUUCAGCAGGUGGCUCAAAUGCCAAAAAUGAGAGUGACUAUCCUGGUGGUAUUUCUGAAGAUUCAGGACUCAGUUUGGGGUCAUCUGAUCAACAAGGAUUUGAAGUCGGUGAAAUUGGUGGGAAUGGAAACAGUAACGGUGGAUCUGCUGGGUCUGAGUACUUGAGUCUUGGAUCUGAUAUCAGUGCCUCAGGUGUCACAGGCUCAUCUGACAACAGUACUUCUGGACCACUCAGUAUUCCAGAAAAAGGAUCCCAUAUUCCAGAAGCAACCCCGAAAUACUCAGAAACAAUUGCAAUUGUUGGUGAAGCUUCUACGUGGGGCACAGGAGCAUACAAAGCUUUCAAUGGCCGUGUCUUUUCCUUUGAGUCAUCGUGCACGUAUACCUUCUGCCGUCACUGCAUUGACUCUGGAGGAGAUUUCAAUAUUGAGGUCAAGCGAAACAAUGAUAGUGAGAUUGAAAAAAUCGCAGUUAUAAUCGACAAUAACGACAUCUCUAUUUCUGGCGAUACCAUUUUAGUUAACGGAGAAAGUGUACAGAUACCAUAUAACAAUAAGUUGAUUCACAUUAAAAAAUACGGAGAACAUAAUGUUCUGAAUAGCCGUAGAGGAAUCCUGUCUCUGAUGUGGGACAAAAUUAACAAGCUCUCACUCACUCUUCACAAGCAAUAUCCAACUUGUGGUCUUUGUGGUAACUUCAACAGCACUCCAGGAGACGAUAUCAAUGAGCACAUUGCCAACAGUAAAAUUCCUGGUAAUUGUCCCAGUGCUGUUAGUAAAAGCUAUGAAGUCUGUGAAGAUGGAGUAGAGUACUGUGACAAAAUUAUUGGAACCUACUUUGAGCAGUGUGGGAAGGUUAGCGCUUUAUCCAAUGACUACAGAAUGAUCUGCAUCAGCGAGUAUUGUCAAAAUAGAGACAAAAAAUCCACGUGUGACACUUAUUCAGAGCUGUCCCGCCUCUGUGCUUCAGAUGGUCCUGGCAGCUAUGAAUCCUGGAGAGAUGAUUCCGAUGUGGUUUGUGAAAAACCGACAUGCCCAGAAAACCAUAUCUACAAAGAAUGUGGUCCCUCAAAUCCUGCAACUUGUUCUAAUGUGGCUCCUUUUCAAGACAUUGAAUGUGUGAGUGGCUGCACCUGUCUAGAAGGCUAUCUAUUGGAUGACAUUGGAGAGAAAGGGAAAUGUGUACUGAAGGCCGACUGUCCCUGUGAAUCUAAUGGAAAAGUGUAUCAGGCAGGAGAAGUCCGUGAAGGUCCUUGUGGUUCGGAGUGCACGUGCCAAGAAGCAAAGUGGUCCUGCACUGAACUGUUAUGUCCUGGAAGAUGUAAGGUGGAAGGAAGCUUGAUUACGACUUUUGAUGGUGUUAAAUACAACCAUCCUGGAAACUGUCACUAUCUGGCUAUCCACGACGAAGACUGGUCUAUUAGUGUUGAGCUUCGUCCAUGUCCGAGUGGUCAGUCAGGAACGUGCUUAAAUAGUGUUACACUCCUCUUGAAUUCGUCUGUUUCAGUUGACAAAUAUAUAUUCAAUAGAGAUGGAACAGUCACAAAUGACAAGAUUAGAAAUCAAGGUUAUUACUAUUCAGACCAAAUACAGAUCUUCAAAGUAUCUUCCUCAUAUCUUCAAGCAGAAACAUACUUUCAUACAAAAAUACAAAUACAAAUUGCUCCUGUGAUGCAAUUAUAUAUUUCCAUGCCAGCCAACCAAUUCACAGACACUGUAGGACUCUGUGGUUCCUACAACAACAGAGCAGAGGAUGAUUUCAUGUCAAGUCAGAAUAUAUUAGAGAAGACAUCUCAGGCGUUUGCGAGUUCUUGGGAAAUGAUGUCCUGUCCUAAAGGAAGCUCUGCUUCAUGCAUCAGCAUAGAAACAGAAAGGUUUGCUGAAAAGCACUGUGGAAUUCUUCUUGAUUCAAGUGGGCCCUUUGCUUCCUGCCAUCCAAUUGUGAACCCUAAAUUGUACCAUGAGGAAUGCAAAAAAUACACGUGUACUUGUGAAAACAGUCAAGACUGCCUGUGUACAAUUUUAGGCAACUAUGUGAAAGCAUGUGCUGAGAAGGAAACUUACAUUGAAGAAUGGAGAAACGGACGAUGUGAUCAUUCUUGUCCGAGUGGCCUCGUUUUCAAGUACAAUGUAAAAGCCUGUAAUAGUUCCUGCCGCUCAUUGUCAGAGAGAGACAGGAGCUGCGAUGUGGAAGAUGUUCCAGUUGAUGGAUGCACCUGCCCUGAUGGAAUGUACCAGAACAAUGAAGGGAACUGCGUUCCAAAGUCUCAGUGUGACUGCUACAUAAAUGACGAAGUCAUCAAGCCAGGCAAACUCAUAAGUAUUGAUGACAAUAAAUGUGUCUGUCAAGAUGGAAUUCUGCUUUGCCAGACUCCAAUUGAUUUAACCCUACAGAAUUGUUCUGGAGGGGCUGAAUACAUUGACUGCAGUGACCCCAAGGCCCAGACAAGAUUUGACACCACGUGUAGCACUCGGAACAUACCUAUUUUUGAUGAGAACUUGCCUUGCAGACGUGGGUGCUACUGCCCAGUAGGCAUGGUUCGAAAUUCUAAAGGGAACUGUGUCUCUCCCGAAGACUGCCCUUGCUCUUUUGGUGGAAGAGAGUAUGACCAAGGAAGUGUCACCCCAGUUGGCUGCAACAAAUGUACUUGCAUAAAAGGAUCUUGGAACUGUACACAAGAUGAGUGUCAAACCACCUGCCACAUCUAUGGCGAAGGUCAUGUUAGAACUUUUGAUGGAAGAAGUUACAGCUUUGAUGGUCUCUGCCAGUAUUCAUUUCUCGAGGAUUAUUGCGGUGACGAAAAUGGCACAUUCCGUAUUUUAACUGAAAGUGUCCCAUGCUGUGAAGAUGGGCUUACAUGCUCAAGAAAAGUUAUAGUUGCUUUUCAGGAUCAGAAUGUUGUCUUGCAUGAUGGUAAAGUAACAGCAGUCAAAACUACAGAAAGUAAGGAAUGUGAACUCGAUGGAAAUUUGUACACAGUACAUACUGUUGGCCUGUACUUGGUUCUGAAAUUUUCAAAUGGAAUAACCGUGAUUUGGGACAAAAAUACAAGAAUGUCUGUUAUACUGGAUCCACGCUGGAAUGGUAAAGUAUGUGGUCUUUGUGGAAAUAACAAUGGCGAUCUCAAGGAUGACUUCACGACGAGAUACUCAUCAGUCGCUGCUGGAGCCCUGGAAUUCGGAAACAGCUGGAAAACAAGCCAAGAAUGUUCGGACACAGUAACUCAAACUUUCCCGUGCGACUCCAACCCCUACUGUAAAGCCUGGGCUGUGCGGAAGUGUGAGCUCAUCCGGGACAGCACGUUCCGGGACUGCCACAGCAAGGUGGACCCCAGCGAGUACUACGAUGCGUGCAUCGAGGAGGCCUGCGCGUGUGACAUGGAGGGGAAGUACCUGGGAUUCUGCACGGCCGUGGCGAUGUACGCGGAGGCUUGCAGCGCGGUCGGGGUCUGUGUCACGUGGAGAAAGCCAGAUCUCUGUCCUGUCUACUGUGAUUAUUAUAAUGCACCCGGGGAGUUCAGCUGGCAUUAUGAACCUUGUGGGACAGUGACUGCAAAAACAUGCAAAGAUCGAGUCAUUGGCCAGAAAUUUUCCGCACUUUUGGAAGGCUGUUAUGCUACGUGCCCGGACAGCGCCCCCUAUCUGGAUGAAAACACCAUGAAAUGCGUCAGUUUAUCUGAGUGCAGCUGCUUCUACAACGAUGUCAUACCAGCAGGUGGAGUGAUCCAAGAUAACUGUGGAAGAACAUGCUAUUGCAUCACAGGAGAGUUGGAGUGCAGUGAAACUGCUCCUACAAAUGCUACAUUCGCAGUUUCUACUACAAUGGCUACCUCCGUGUUAAGUACUGAAACAGCAAUUACACUGGUAACCCGUAGCUCAGCGGCUUCCAGUACAAGGAUUACAUCAAGCAGUGAAAUACGAGGAACAACUCUAAGUUUUCUCAGUGAACCUUUUACUACAGGCGUUACAACAACUCCAGUUCCCAUCACCUCCACAGCUGGAAGUGAGGGCACCACAGGAGCGGGGGGAUCCAUCUUCACCAGUCCUGGGAGCUUACCAGGGUCAACUGGAGCAUCAGCAAGUACAGCCACAGAAGCUGAAGCCAUGAGUGACUCAGGCUUCAGAGCAGGAGGAUCAGGAGCUCCUACAGCACCAGCGACAGGAGGAGAGGAAUACAGCACAUCCUCAGAACCAAGCACAGGAGCAACGAGCCCAGGAGGAUCAGGCAAGCCAGGGGGCCCCUAUUUGAGUUUUCAGUUGUGUUUUCAGUACCUAAGUGAAUGCCUGACUUGAUAAGUAUCUGGCAGAUAUCUAGUAAGUAAAUAAAUGAAUAGGAACUCUCAGUCUGGUAAAGGAUCAAGAGGCUUUAUUCUUAUAAGUGAGGUGAAAAAAUAACAGGCUGUGUGAAAGAGAACCUUCCAGAAGAAUUGGAAAUGUGGGAGAGAGUGGACUAUUUGCUGCUAUAUUCAAAUAGU